UCAUCCUUUUCACAAUUCAAAUUCAAACCAUUUCUUUCUUCUUCUUGUUGUUCUUGUUGUUGUGAGUUUUGUAACCAUGGUGGUCCAGUCUCAGCUGGUGUUCGACCAUUUUGCUCCGAUCAGGUCGUGCAAACGCACCGCCGUGUUCGAGGGGAUUCCGGUGAUCGACCUGUCGGACCCGGACGCGAAGACCCACAUCGUGAAGGCCUGCGAGGACUUCGGGUUCUUCAAGGUCGUCAACCAUGGCGUCUCCGACGAGCUCAUCGCCGCCAUCGAAGCCCAAGCUCGGAGAUUCUUCGAGCUCCCACAGAUGGAGAAGGAGAAAGCAGGGCCGCCCGACCCAUUUGGAUAUGGCAGCAAGCGAAUUGGCCCCAACGGCGACGUGGGUUGGAUCGAAUACCUCCUCCUCAACACCAAUCCCCAACUCAUUUCUCAAAAAUCCCUCUUCAUUUUCCAAGAAAAUCCCGAUAUUUUCAGGUGUGCUGUGGAGGAGUAUAUAGGGGCAGUGAAGGGGAUGGCUUGUGAAGUGCUGGAAAUGAUGGCGGAAGGGCUGGGGAUUGAGAAAAGUGCCUUGAGCAGGCUGCUGAGGGACGAGAGAAGUGACUGCUGUUUCAGGAUGAAUCAUUAUCCGCCAUGCCCGGAGCUUGAAGCUUUGAGUGGCAGAAACUUGAUAGGCUUUGGGGAACACACAGACCCACAAAUAAUAUCUGUCUUGAGAUCAAAUAACACAACUGGACUCCAUAUCUGU